AUGACUAAUAAGGAUGCUGAAAGAGAUAUACAUCGCGAUCCACGAAUGGCUACUUUGUUAGCGGUGCAUCUAGUAAGUCAGGUUCUGGACGAGGCGUAUGUUAUUGCAAACGCUGCUCAAGAUUCUGAUAAUCCCACAAAUGUGAACGACCAUUCUCUUAUAGGCCAAGGGGAUGAAGAAUUUACAGGUGAUACAGAUGAGUCGAAAUCAACAUCUUUGUUCAUAACGAAUCUUUUUGACAUGAGCGAUGUAGAGCGUGAUAUGAGUUUGAUUGAACCAGUUCUAAUGCAAGAUAAACCGGAACCACACGAUGACAUUAACAACAAUGAAACAACAACUAAACACGAUAUAGCUUCUUAUGAAAAAGCCUACUUAACUCUAAAUCGAGAUUAUGAACAUUACUCUGACGAUGAAGAACCUGUUCUUCAAGACCCUAAAGGGCUAUCAAUGCACGAAAUUGAGCUUAUGGCUGGGGGCUCUGCUGGCGACAAUUGCCCUCAAGAAAAACAAACGAAAAACAAGGAAUUAGCAGCAAUAUCGGGAGUGUCAAGCUCUGGCCUUGGUUCGAAGAAAAGUAGCUUAAUCCGUCGCUGUCGCACUCAAGGAGCUAGACUCUUAUCUUGCCUCCGAGGGUGGUGGUGGAGACGCAGGUUUCAUGGAAAACGCAGGGAUUCUCGAAUGCAUGGAUCAAUUCGUCUCCACUGUCCCUUAUCACCUGAUGCCCGACGCCGAGCAGCUAGUCUACUUGACCAACGUCAUCUAAGGACACCUUCUCCGUCCAGAUCCGUAGUUUGGAAGUUCAACACUGUCAAUGAGGCUCUAGUUCAUUCCGCCCAAUGGAAAGAGUUCGCAUCGAAAAUUGAUUUUAGUGAAAACGAAAACUCUUAAAAUUAAAUUUUAUGAUUAGCUAUUGUAUUCAUAUUGAAACCUCGAUUUUAUUGCAAUAAAAGUAUGGUUCAA